AUCUGCGGGCGCCUUACGCAAUUCGGGGCAAUUUAAGUCUUAUCGAAUUAUGUGCUGCCGGAGCGCACCGUGUGCGAUGUUGCCACGCGUGUGGCGAACGCGCGCCGCGGUUCUUUCUUUCUUCGGCGGAGUGCUCCGCGUCUUCUUGUUGCUCUCGCGUUCUCUUCGCCGUACCGCGGCAGCCAUUUUGUUACUAUUCUAGCUACUUCCACGGAGGCAGGUAGAGAGGUCAUUUGCAUUUUGCAUAUUUUAAGCUACCACUUUUCGUGUGCGCUUUGUGUUCCGUCUGCUGGCUUCUACGCGUAAUUUGCAUUUCACUACAGAAUCACCGCAGAAUCAUGCAAGAGCCAAAUACACCUGCAAACGUAAACGAGUAAACAAAACAGUUUUUUUUUCGUUCCUUCAUGCAUGAACAAGUUAAGUCACUCACAGCCAGUCAAGAGCAAGCCACACGAACACAGGAGCGCAUAGCGAACGCGCGACGGGUGCUUUUUUACGGUUGAUCGUUUUUUUUUUGUCUUCUGUUGUAUAAUAUGUGUAUCAGCAUAUAUUAUAAUGACCGUCUUCGGGUGCACGGCACGCCGUGGAAGGAAGACACCGAUAGAGAAAAAGCGCUGAGCAGCAGCGCGCGAAACAGGUUUCUCGGUUUCGAUCCCGAACCGGAUUCUUUAAUUAGAUCUACUUUAACGACGACUACUACUACCAGCACGUGGACACCACGCCGGCCACCGCGAAAGGGAAGAUGAGCCACCAUCGUGAGUCCAGUGCGUUCGUGCCGGUAGUGCCGACGCGCAACAUGCACCCGAUGCUCUUCCCCGGCGAGCUGCACGCGCAUGCCUUGAGGCCGAGCGCCGCCGGCGGCGCACCAGAAUCUCCUUCGGCGACGAAACCCGCCAAGGCGGUGCCCGCCUCCGCUGAGAUCAUGGCGAUGAUGGCAGACAAACGUAAGGAGCUGGCGUUCCGGGAGGCGCUGAUGUUACCAGCCGGCGCACAGCCGCACCCAGGGUACCCUGGCUUCCUUCCCGGCGGUAAUUUUGCUUUUCCUGGUAAUGCCGCCGGAUUCAUCGGUCCCCCGAAUGUGGGCAUGCAUGCACACCUCGACCGGCGACUACUACGUGCUCCUGGGAGAGCAUCCCGUCCUAAGAAGCAAUUCAUCUGCAAAUUCUGCAAUCGCCAGUUUACCAAAAGCUACAAUCUGUUGAUCCAUGAACGUACGCACACCGACGAGCGGCCGUAUUCCUGUGACAUCUGCGGCAAGGCAUUCCGGCGACAGGAUCACCUUCGAGACCAUAGAUAUAUCCAUAGUAAAGAAAAGCCAUUCAAAUGUACGGAAUGCGGCAAGGGUUUCUGCCAGUCCCGCACCCUUGCCGUGCACAAAAUCCUGCACAUGGAGGAGUCGCCGCACAAGUGCCCAGUCUGCUCGCGGUCCUUCAAUCAGCGCUCCAAUCUGAAGACGCAUUUACUCACUCACACGGACCACAAACCGUACGAGUGCAAUUCCUGCGGGAAGGUCUUCCGACGCAAUUGCGACCUGCGAAGACAUGCGCUCACGCACGCUGUGGGAGAUGUCCCUGCCGAUGGCCUCGGUGAUGGUUACAUCCCCAAUGAUGGUGAGGCACUUUCGCCCGCUGACGAUGCGGAGCACAGCGAUCAUCGCGAGCGCACCCAGUGCCAUGAACCGAGUUCAUCGAACAGUCCGUACACAAUGCGUCCGGGUCGUGAUCGCAUGGAGCAACGACGCAGUGCAUUUGAAGAAGAUGACGACGAGGAUGAACUUGAUGAGGAAGAAGACACCGAAAUAGAUCCCGGCCAGGAGGAGGUAAGUCUCGCGCUGGUAAAGGAUGAAGAGCGUGUGGAAAAGAUACCACCAUCUGUGAAAGAAGAAAUACGUAAGGAACCCCAGCUGCAGAUCCGACGUGAUCUGCUCGCACCCAAGAUGCCAGGCAUGCCCGCAACUGGCAGUUUCCUAGGACCAUUCCGAAAGCGUCCUCUGGAUGACCUGCCACGCCUACCAUCAAAUCUAUCCAAAUACGACACGUUAUCUUCGCACCAAUCGCAUUCCCAUGCACAUUCCUUGGUCUUGCCCAGUAGUCCCACCGUCCUGAAGGCACCGGACGUCUUCCCGUCCACAUCUACAAUGGUGGGCCUGGGUACACCACCUUUUGCACCCAUGCUUGGUGGUGGGCCAACGCAAGGUGUACUGAAUCUCGCCGGCAGUAGCAAGAACUCCGUCUAUAAGGAACAAAGUGUCGCCAAUGACCUUAGCAUGAAGAAAGAAGAACGGCCGAAUGCGCCACCACCGACAUUGAUACAACCGCCACCGCCACAGCCGCCGCCACAGCAGCAGCCGCCCAAAAAGACUGGUUUCACCAUCGCCGACAUCAUGGGUCGAUAGUGGGACAUCUUCACUCACAUCAAUCGUACUAAAUUAAGUUUUAAAUGAGUUUCAAACAAGCAUAGCGCAAAUGGCUGUAAAUAAUGCUCAAUCGAAUAUCGUCAGACAAUUCCGUGCCACGCGGACCGACCGUCGCCAGGUUUAGCACUUGUUAUAAAUUAAUUCCUAAAUAUUAACGCGUAAUUAUUUAAUAAGAGAGGAAAGAGGGACCACAACUCGCAAUUUUAAAUGUAUAUAUUUAUUCUAUUUAGCGAAUAGGAAGACACGCACUUCUGACGUCAGCUGAUGCGAAGAUGUACACGUACAACGAAAAAAAUGUAUUAUUAUUGUUUAAUUAUUGUAUUUAUGUUUAAGUUUCGCUAGAUUUAUUAUUUUAUUAGCAGUUACUCUCGGAAAAUGAAGGAGUUUACGUUUAGGAUCUCAUCAUUUUUACAAAAUGCAAUCUUUCGAUUUUGCGGCGCACUUUUUACAUUAUUUAAGUAUUAAAAAUUAUAUCUAUGCUAAGAAAAUUUUAUAUUGUAUGCUACCGUAAGCGAUGAAAUUGUAAGUGUUUUUUAUAAAUGAGUUUUUUGCUAUAUAUUAUAUUAUUUAUAUAAUAUAAUUUACAUACAAUAAAUUUUAUCGGAAUGAUUA